CAGAAAUGUGGACGGAUUUAAGGACGUUGUUACUUUUUCAUUUGUUUGUCGUGAGGCUUCAUUUAUCGGAAGCAACGGAUGAGUGCGAGGAUGGACAGUUUCAGUGCAACAACAAAAGGUGUAUACCGACCAUCUGGAGGUGCGACGACGAUGACGACUGCUCAGACAACAGUGAUGAAGAAAACUGUCCCAGGAAAACCUGCGCCCCUGCAGAGUUCGCCUGUUUAAACGGCCAGUGUGUCCCGGGACGCUGGCGCUGCGACGGGGAGCCGGAGUGUCCCGAUGGCUCUGACGAGGCCGAGGAGACCUGCAGCAAACAGACGUGCCCUCCGGAGAAAUUUGACUGUGGGGGAUCCACCAACAAGUGUGUCUCGUUGUCAUGGAGAUGUGAUGGGGAGAAGGACUGCGAGAACGGGGCAGACGAGGAGGACUGCGCUUCUGAUGCCAAGGCCUGUCCCAGCGGUGAGUUCAUGUGUGCCAACCGCAAGUGCUUGGCCACCGUCUACGUAUGCGACGGUGACGACGACUGCGGGGACGGCAGCGAUGAGCUCAAAUGCACCUCCCCUCUCACCUGCGGGCCCAACCACCUCCGCUGUAACACCUCGGAGUGUGUGCCGCUCAUGUGGAGCUGUGACGGAGACCCCGACUGCUCCGACAGUUCAGACGAGGGGCCGGAGCGCUGCGGCAGGGACGGGGUCCCGUACCUGCCCAACCGCAGGGCGAACUGCACCGCCGGAGAGUUUCGCUGUGCCAACGGGGAGUGCGUGCGACUGACCUGGAAAUGUGACGGAGACCCGGACUGCAAGGACAAGUCUGAUGAAUCGGACUGCCCCCUGUUGACGUGUCGUCCCGAUGAGUUCCAGUGUGGUGACGGUUCCUGCAUCCACGGCACCAAGCAGUGCAACAAGGUCCAUGACUGUCCCGACCACAGCGAUGAAUCUGGCUGUGUCAACGCCACCAAAUGUGAGGGACCGCUGAAGUUUCUGUGUAAGAAUGGAGAGUGUAUCGACAGCUCCAAGGUGUGCGACUCUGUCAAGGACUGCAAGGACCGAUCCGAUGAGCCCAAGAAAGAGUGCGGGCUGAAUGAAUGUAUGAUCAACAACGGCGGCUGCUCUCAUGUCUGCAUGGACCGACCAAUCGGCUUUGAGUGCCAGUGCCCCACCGGCUACCAGCUGCUGGACAAAAAGACUUGUGGAGACAUUGACGAGUGUGAGAACCCCGACGCCUGCAGCCAGAUCUGCAUCAACUACAAGGGGGAUUUUAAGUGCGAAUGCUACGAAGGUUAUGAGAUGGACCCCGUCACUAAGACCUGCAAGGCGGAGGGGAAAAGCCCUUAUCUGCUGUUCACCAAUCGGCAUGAGAUCCGACGCAUCGACCUGGUGAAGAGGGACUACAGCCAGGUGGUGUCCACGCAGAAGAACGCAGUAGCUCUGGACCUGGAUGUGGCCAACAACCGUGUCUUCUGGUGCGAUCGCUUUCAUCGCAAAAUCUACAGUGCGUUUAUCCACGAGGCCAGUGACCCCUCCCAGCAGGUGCCGCUGGUAGAUUCAUCUCUGCAGACCCCUGUGGGCCUGGCUCUGGACUGGCUCCAGCACAACCUGUACUGGACCGACUCUGGAGACAAAUCCAUCUCUGUGGCGUCAGUGGACGGCACCAAGAGACGUGUCCUCAUCAACACUGACCUUAGUGAGCCCCGAGCCAUAGCGCUGGAUCCCCACCAUGGCUUUAUGUACUGGUCAGACUGGGGCACACGAGCCAAGAUAGAGAAGGCGGGGAUGAAUGGAGUGGACCGACAGGUGUUGGUGGCUGAUAACAUUGAAUGGCCCAAUGGCAUCACUUUAGAUGUAGCCAACAGGCGUCUGUACUGGGUGGAUUCAAAGCUGCACCUCAUAGCCAGCGUGGACCUGAACGGAGCUCACCGCAGGACACACAUGUCGUCUGCAGAGAGGCUGGGACACCCCUACGCUCUGGCUGUUUUUGAGGAUCGGAUCUACUGGACAGACAGAGACAGAGCAGCAGUCUUCAUGGCCAACAGGCUGACCGGUCAGGAAAUCCACACGCUGGCUGAAAACCUCAACGACCCUCAUGACAUUGUUGUCUUCCACCAACUCCGGCAGCCGCAAGGCCCAGACAGCUGUAAUCUGGGAAGCGUGGCCAAUGGAGGCUGUGAGUACUUGUGUCUCAAGGCUCCACAGAUAACCGAACACUCACCCAAAUACACCUGCGCCUGCCCCGACGGACAGGACCUGGGCCCCGAUAUGAGGGGAUGUGUGCCAGCAGCACCAAGAAACGACACAACAACAACAUCCACACCUCCCGCUGGACUUACACCCGGCACCAGAGCGACUGUUGCUGAAAACUUCCCUCCGCCUUCGGGGGGAGUUUCACAGGCGGACGCCACCCCUCACUUGACCACAGCUCCCUCUGAUGCCCCAGACCCCCUCACACCCCUCUCCACGCUUAAGCCUGUGUCAUCACAGGAGUCGAAGGCGCUGGGCUCCCACUCCACAGCCACCACUAUGGUCAUCUCCACCACACCUGCAGGGGACAGCAGCGUGUCGCAGCACUCUGGAGGUGAGCAUUUCCUCAUGGGCGAGAACCUGACAGUGGCUGUUUUGGGAGUGGUCAUCCCCAUCGUUCCUAUCGUUGCCACAGUGGUGUUCGGCCUGGUCUGUGCCGGAGUCUACCUGGUGUGGCGCAACUGGCGGCGCAAUUCCACCAAGAGCAUGAACUUCGACAACCCCGUCUACCGCAAGACCACCGGCGAGGGCGAGGAGGACGAGAUCCACAUCGGGCGGACUGAUGGCAUGGGACACCACACGCACCAUCACCCGUACCCGCAGGGCGUCAGCAUGGGUGUUGUGGGAGCAGGAGGUGGAACGUGCCCGCAGUUCAUCGCCCUGCCACUCGGGGGCAGCAUGCCCGAUCCAGGGACUCACUGGUACACGGAGCAGCCCAUGCUCUCCACUGCAAAGUGACCCUCGGGUGCGACUUCCGGAGAAGAUGGCCGCUCAGGCACACGCACACACAGUGAGGUCAGGGGUGACUUGGACUGAGUUUUCUGAAGGGACAAACAACAUAUCAUCAAGUGUUACAUGCAGACAUUCACAUCCAUAUACUAUGCCAAUUUCCAUUUGAAAAACACCAGUGUUAAAUGAGAUGAACAUGAUUCUUAAUAUAAGUAAUUUCAUUCCUUUUCUGUGCUGGAGCUGGAUCUAUUUUUUCUCUGGUAAAUGCUGAGAAUUAAUUACAGAAUUAUUCAUGUGUGCUAAUGUGUUCCCAACAUUGACCUAAGAUGGGAUAUGGAGUCAGACUGUCAGUCUUUUUACUUUGAUAACUGAGUGAGCUGUGUGCUGUGUGUCUUAUAUUUUGUGACAGGGCUAGUGAGAGGUCACGUCUCGUCCUUGAUGUAUUAAUUUGGGCUUUGUGUUAUUCCUGUGGAGCUCUGGGAACACUGUUUAGGAAGGAGAAGGAGCUGUAAAAGCAGGGCAGCACCUGCGUUGAUGGGACAAUCUGUACAGAUUCAUGUUAGAAUCAAUCAUAAAUGUCAUUACUGGAGCUGUCUUGUGUAGUUUACAGUUGGAUGGGUUUUUUAUGAGAUUUUUUCCAUUCUAUGAUUAAUUUUAAAGAAAGGUUAUCAUCCGCAUUUUGUGCUUUCUCUCUGGUUCAGGGGCAAGCCUGUAAGGAUGAGUUGUCUAACAGAGUGCAGUUGAACACAAUUGAUUUGCGGGGUUAUGUAUUUAUUUGACCCUCAAGAGUCCAGAGUUUUGAGAGAGUACAACAAUUUUGCAGACUGGAAAGGAGAAAGUGGACACAUACAGUAUUUAGACCUUUGCUUUCUAUGAGCAGACCGGUCAUGAGAUCAGAGGGAAGUGGAUUUUACACAGGUUAGGGUUCUGUCUUCUUAACUGUGACUUUUCUUUUUUAGAUGUUAAAUGGUUCGUGAGAAGCAAUAGACUGCGGCUUUUAGUCAGGCCGCAGAGUCACAUGUUUGACAAAAAUCCUUGAGUGUUUAGAGUUUUAUUUGAUCACCUGCUUUUGACUGUGACAAAUUUACACAUAAAUACACACAGGGUGCAGUGAUAGCAAACUCACGCUGUUCUCCAGAGGAACGGAGACAAUGCGCACUUGCCCUCCGAAAACACAAAUAGCAUGCAUAAUUGCUCACCAACUGACAAUGCAGCCAUUCAUUGUUCCAGGCGAGAUACACACACGCGCACGCACACAUUCACAAAAGCGAGCUAGAUUCCACGCCUGCUCUCUUCCCCCUGAGAUGGCCGAUAUCUGAGCAGACAGUUUUGGAUCGUGCCAUGUGGGAGGGCCCAGCUGGUGGCUGCAUGAUGAGAACGACUUGUUAUGUGAUGUAACCACAGAAAACAAAAAUCAGACUCUGAUGUAAUGAGGUUGAGGCCAACUUGCCCUGUCGGUGAAGAUGUUUCAUGCUGGUUAAGUCCCGUCAUUAAAGCUGUUACUCCAUCCAUAAACCUCAAAAGUCUAGGUAGGUGUGUGUGUGUGUGUGUGUGUGUGUG